UAUCUCCAACUCACCUCAUUCUCAUGUACCCACGAAAGAAAAAAAAAAGUAAAACAGAAAGAAAAAACUAAGAAAGAAACAAAAAAAAAUGUCCUCUUCUUCAUCAAGAAACGCCUUUGAAGAUGGCAAAUACAAAACAGAUCUCUUAACCUUGGACUCAUCAUCUCGCUGCUGCAAAACGAUGCCGUCUUCUCGAGCUUCGCCGUCUCCGCCAAAGCAGCUGUUGGUGGCGACGCCGGUGGAGGAAGGAGAAUAUCCGGUUAUGAUGCUCCUCCAUGGUUACCUUCUCUACAACUCCUUUUAUUCUCAGCUUAUGUUGCAUGUCUCUUCUCAUGGCUUCAUCCUCAUCGCUCCUCAGUUAUAUAGUGUAGCCGGACCGGACACAAUGGACGAGAUUAAAUCAACGUCGGAGAUUAUUGAUUGGUUAUCAAUAGGACUUAACCACUUUCUUCCAGCACAAGUAAUACCAAACCUAUCCAAGUUCGCACUCUCAGGCCAUAGCCGCGGAGGCAAAACGGCGUUUGCGGUCGCUCUAAAGAAAUUUGGGUACUCCUCGGAUCUAAAGAUCUCAACAUUGAUCGGUAUAGAUCCAGUUGAUGGAACAGGGAAAGGACAACAAACCCCUCCUCCAGUUUUAGCUUAUGAACCAAACUCAUUUGACCUAGACAAAAUGCCGGUACUUGUCAUAGGUUCGGGGCUUGGUGAAACCGCUCGGAACCUGUUGUUCCCGCCUUGUGCGCCUCCCGGAAUGAACCACCGAGAGUUCUUCCGGGAAUGUCAAAGUCCAGCAUGGCAUUUCGUCGCAAAGGAUUACGGGCAUUUGGACAUGCUUGAUGAUGAUACAAAAGGGAUUAGAGGGAAGAGUUCUUACUGUUUGUGUAAGAAUGGUGAAGAGAGAAGACCAAUGAGGAGAUUCGUUGGUGGAGUUGUUGUGUCGUUUUUGAAGGCUUAUUUGGAAGGAGAUGACUUUGAAUUGGUUAAGAUCAGAGAUGGGUGUCACGAGGGUGUUCCAGUUGAAAUUCAAGAGUUUGAGGUUACCAUAUAAACAUAACUUUCUCUUUAGGGGCUGGUUUUCCUGUUUUCAAUUUUAUCAGCUUUUGUAACUUAUAUGUAGUUUACAAACUUAUGAUGUACAACUCUUUACUUAAGUCUUUGCUCAUGGAUUACAUUCAGAA